GUCAAGGAAGGCCACAAGAGCUUCCCGAGCGGACACACCUCCUGGUCCUUUGCGGGGCUCACCUUCCUCUCCCUCUACCUCUCUGGCAAAAUCAAGGCCUUCAACGGAGAAGGACACGUGGCUAAGCUCUGCCUCGUGAUCUUCCCUCUGCUCGCCGCUUGCCUUGUUGGGAUAUCUCGUGUGGAUGACUACUGGCACCACUGGCAAGACGUCUUCGCCGGAGCUCUCAUCGGAUCCCUUGUAGCCGCCUUCUGCUACCGUCAGUUCUACCCUAACCCUUACCAUGAAGAAGGAUGGGGUCCCUACGCAUAUUUCAAGGCAGCUCAAGAACGAGGAGUCCCUAUGACCUCCCAAAACGGAGAUGCCUUGAGGACAAUGUCUCUGCAGAUGGAUUCAACUUCUCUAGAAAACAUGGAAUCUGGCA